UCCCCCCUCCCCGCCCCUCCCUCCCCCCGAGAGCCCAUCCAUGGCCGCCCCCCGCCCCCGGAUCUGGCCCUGAGGCCGCCAUUGCUGGAUCCGCCUCCCCCCCUCCGCGCCGUCGCGCUCCCGGCUCCUCCGCGCGCCCCGUUGAUUGAGGCGGCCUGUCCUUCCCCCCCUUUUUUGGCGGUGCGUUCAUCCGUUGGUUCUUGAUCCGUCGCAUUUGCGCCGGUGAGCUGCCCGAGAGCAAGGAAUUCACCCUGAGAUCUCCGGUCGCUGUUGCCGUGGAAGUCCCCCCUCUCUCUGCCAUUGCAAUCUCCUGUUGCUGUCGCAAGGUGCGUCUUUUACAUAUAAUUUCUGCGAGGAAUUUCGCGGCCGGUUCUCGGGAGGACGGAUUCCUCGCAAUGGUUCUUUGAUUGGGGGAGAAUUUGAUGUGGUGUUGGUGCCGCCGUAUUCUGCCGCCAUGUGGAAGCAAUUUAUCGGCAAGCUGUCGUGGAAAUCGCUGAAAUCUGGCCCUGGAGGCAACGGCGGAGGGGGCUCGCCCACGGCGAAGUCCAAUCCCAUGUCCCCCAGGGAGAAUGGGGCAUUCGGGAAGCCCCCCGCCUCGCCCAGGUCCCCCUCGGGGGCCGCCGGAGCCGAGGGGAGGUCCAGGGAGGACGCCUUCAUCGAGAAGGUGACCAUUUGCUGCACGGUGUACGACUUCACCGACCGGGGCAAGGACUCGCCGGAGAAGGAGAGGAAGCGGCAGGUCCUUAUGUCCCUCGUCGACUCCAUUGGCGCCGCCGAGGAGCCCCUCACGGAGGCGAUGAUGUCGGCGUGCGUGCGCAUGUUCGCUGUCAACCUCUUCAGGGUCUUCCCGCCCAAGGUCCGAUCAGGCACCACCACGUCGGAGACAGAGGAGGACGAGCCCUUCUUCGACCCCUCUUGGUACCACCUGCAAGUUGUGUAUGAAUUGCUUCUGCGGUUUGUGACCUCGCCAUUUGUUGACCCCAAGGUGGCAAGGAAGUAUGUGGACAGUUCGUUCAUCUCCAAGCUGCUUGACCUGUUUGAUUCCGAUGAUCCCAGAGAGAGGGACUGUUUGAAGACAGUGUUGCACAGGAUAUAUGGAAAAUUCAUGGGAAACCGACCGUUCAUCCGCAAGGCUGUGAGCAACAUCUUCUAUAGGUUCGUCUCCGAGGCCGAUCAUCACAAUGGGAUAUCCGAGCUGUUGGAGGUGUUUGGCAGCGUGAUAAGUGGGUUUGCAAAGCCAUUGAAGGAGGAGCAUAAGUUGUUCCUAUGGAAAGCGUUGAUCCCGCUUCACAAGCCUAAGACAGUGGGUGUAUAUCUGCCGCAGCUGACCUACUGCAUAACACAAUUUAUAGAGAAGGAACCCAAGCUUGCAGGGACUGUGAUUAGGGGUCUGUUGAAGUACUGGCCAGUUACAAAUAGUCAGAAGGAGAUGAUGUUCUUGGGGGAGUUAGAAGAAGUGCUUGAGUUGAUUGACAUGGCUGAGUUUCAGAAGUGCAUGGUGCCAUUAUUCCGGAGGAUUGCGACUUGCCUCAAUAGCUCCCAUUUUCAGGUUGCUGAGAGAGCCUUAUUCUUGUGGAAUAAUGAACAUUUGUUCGAUAUGAUCUCCCAAAACCGUCAAGUGAUUGUACCAAUCGUAUACCCAGCUCUGGAGAGAAAUGCACGUUUGCACUGGAACCAAUCGGUUCUCAACGUUACUAUGAAUGUGAGAAAAAUGUUCUUCGACAUGGACGAGAGAUUGCUCCUGACUUGCCAGAGCAACUUCCAAGCGGACGAAGAGAAGCGAGCCGCAGCGGAGGAGCAUCGAAGGCUCACAUGGGAGCAACUGGAGCGGAAUGCCGACCCUGCAUUCCGACCAGCCAACGCGCCCCCUUCUUCGGCCCCUCCGAGAGUCCCCACCGUGACAUGACACGGGUCCGAAUAUACUCCGCCCCACCUUCCCUUGCUUCCUAGCUAGCUAGAUGAAGUUGCUUGCUUCUCUGGGAUACAGAAGGCGUUUUGUUACCUUUGUAAACCCCCCCACCCUUGCCACAAAGUCUGUAAUUAAUAGUUGUUGAUUCGAAGACAAAUGGAUUCUUGAUUUUUUCCUUUUCUUUUUUGCGGCGAAUUCUCGAGUAAUGGGCAUUGCUUUCUUGGCAAAAUCUUGAUUGAGAUUUA